GUGCUCAUUGUAAGUGUGUGGAAAAGCGACGAUUACUGAGUCGUUCCCGAUGGCCACUUGUUUUAUAUCCUCUAGUUGAUAAAAUUUUCGAUAAGAUGUUGAAGAGGCUGAACUAUUAUUAGACUAUUUGGUUCAUUAUCGUUUGUUUGAAAAGAACAGCAUGGAUAAACAAAAGUGAUAUUGCAAAUUAUGUUAGCAACACAUUGCGCAAACUCUAACCCCAGAGGCGUACCCAGAUGACGAGCAAAGGGUUGCCCCAUUUUGCCCAAGGCAAGGUCGUCAAAGGAUUCGGACGGGGGUCCAAGGAACUGGGGAUUCCCACUGCGAAUUUUGACGAAGAUGUUGUGAAUAAUUUGCCGAAAGAGACCGAACCUGGAGUCUAUUUUGGAUUCGCCCAAAUUGAAAAUGGACCAAUUUAUAAAAUGGUCAUGAGUGUGGGGUGGAAUCCAUUUUAUAAAAACACCAAAAAGUCAAUGGAAACUUACAUUAUUCAUAAGUUUGACGAAGAUUUUUACGGGAAAAUCCUCAAGGUCCUCAUGCUUGGGUAUCUCCGCCCAGAGAAAAAUUUUAAAAGUGUGGAAGAUUUGAUACAAGCUAUUAAUAACGACGUUCUUGAAGCUGAAACAAAAUUAGAUGAGGAAGAAUUUGCUAAAUAUAAAUCUGACCAAUUUUUUACUUCUUAACAAGAAAUAAACUAUUAUUUCUACUUAUUAAAUAAGUAUUUUAAUUAAAGAAAACUUUUUUGUUCACUUUUUGUGCAAAUACUUUCUGAAAUAGUUUUGUUGCGUUUUAACAAUUUUUUUAUACAAAUUAAAAAUAAAGGUUGCAUUCACCUUCUCUUA